ACAGAAUAGGGCUGAAUAUCUAUCGCGUCGAUCGUUUCCUAAAAUUGAUAUUUUGUAACUCAAAUCGUAGAAGUUACAAAUCGUAGAGAAAGACCUCGAUUCGAUGCCGGUUUAGCAUAAUGGCAACAACGCAAUUCUCUGCGAUUAUAGACUUUAAUAACCAAGUGACAUUUAGAGAGGUUAGAAAUUUCAAAAUAUGAAAUAUGCAAAUUAGCUGUAAAAAUAAGAUAAAUGUGCCUUUUACAACAUUUACCACAGGUAUAAAAAGUGAAAUUUACGCACAGUUGACUUGCAGAUGUGUUUUAAUAGGAAAUCUCAUGUUCGACCAGCUGAACUACAUGGUAGAUUUCAUUACGCUGCUCAAAAUUUUACUUCAUGGUAAAACUAAGCCCUCUGAAGCUAAUAUUAUUGAAAAGUUGUGGGAUGAAUUAACAACUGCAUUAAAUGCUUUGGGUUCAGGUCCCAGUAAAACAAAGCUGCAGUGGAAAAAAACUUUUAUCGACUGGAAAAGUAACACAAAAGAGAAGGCUAGGGAAUGUUAUAAAUCUGAGCAAAGGACAGGUGGAGGUGAGGGAGAUGCAAAAAAAAUGACACCAUUAGAAGAAAAAUUAGUGGCAAUAUUGUCUUGGAUGACUGUGAAUGGAACAGAUGUGCCUGAAAUAGGACUUGAUGAAAACAGGCUACCUAUGGAAAAAAAUGAGAAACUAUUAAUGAAAAUGAAAUUGAUGGAAUUGAGCCAUUAUUUCUAAGCACCUCAGCAUGGGUGAAGUUAAGGGGGGGCUAAACCCCCCAAAAUCCGAAUUAGCCCCCCCAAAAACAUUACUACAGAACAGAAAAUAAAAAACAUAUUUUUUUGACAAAAAAAUUGUAUAAUUUAAUAACUUCUUACUUGAAAGUUAUUUCAAUUGAAGCCAAGUCGGCGUCACUGCCCAACAGAAGUCGGAAUUGAUAAAGAGGUUUUAAAGGCGGAAACGACCGUAAUAAAGAACUGUGUCAGGAAACGGGACGAAAAUAUUAGUAUAUCCGAUAUUAUUAUAUAUUGUCAGAAAAGACACAUUUCCAAAUUUUAAGGUCAACCAUGGAUCAAGAUCGAUUCAGUUCUUUAGCACUUGCUAACAUUGAGAGCGACAUUUCAAAAUCCCUGAUUCUAGACGAUAUUCUGGAAGAAUUUAUUUUAAUAACUUUUAAAAUAAAAUUAUUUGACUGAAAAAAUUUUUUUUUUUCCAUUUAAUUUUAAUAUUUAUGGAUUGGUAGAAAAAUAUACUUACCUUACUUUGAUACAUACACAAAGAUAAAAUGAAAAAAAUAUAUACAUUUUUUCAUAUUAGGGCUUUAGCCCCCCCAGAUCCGAUAACAACUUCGCCCAUGCAGCUCAGAACAUCUAAUGGAAUAUAUUGGUGUUUUUAUUAAUACAAAAACAAAUAUGCUAAUUAACAAUGUUUUUUUUGUAAUACAGGUGGAAUUGAAGGAACCGAGCAGGAGCCAUUGCCAAGUACUUCAAAACGUCCAGCAGAACCAAUUUAUUCAGAGAUGAAGAGGAAAAAAUUAAGAAAAGUAAUUUGCAAAAAGCAAUAGAAGCAUAUACAUCAGGUCAAAAAGAAAUGGCAAGUUUAUUGGACAAACUACUAUCUCUAAAAAAUUCAGGUGUGGAAGGUGAGAAAUUCAGAGAGAAAGAACUUGAGCUAAAGGAAAUGGAAUUGAAAAUAAAAUGGUUGGAAGCAAAAAAUAAAUCAAUAGAAUUAGAUUUAAGAGAAAUUGAACUGAAGAUGGAGGCGAGAAAAAUAGGGUACAAUCUGCUUGAACUAUAACUUUAUUAUUUGUUAAAAUAAAGGUAUAUUUAUACAAGUAGUAAUAAAAAUAAUGUAUAA